UUGCAGGAAGGCUCCCUGUGCUGCUUUCACUUUCCAUUCUUCACAUCUCUGCGUCCCUGAUCCCUAAGGGCUCGGCAGCCUGACACUCGGCCGGAGAGAAGAUAGUGGAUCUCCUGAAACAUGAAGUUGCUCCAGGAUGAGAAGCUGAAUGUAUCAGUCACCACCAGGGCCGGCGAGGACAAUGUUCUUUGGAUUCUCAAUCACCUGCGGUCACAUCCGUACCGGGGGCUUCUGGGUAAAGUCACUUACUUGCCCAUAACCAACACCAAUAAGAAUGAAUGGAGGUCGGAGGUAGAGAAGACCUCCUUUGCGCUGCUUUAUCAUUCCCAGAACCACGGCCGACUGAACAUCACCGAUGUGACCGAUUCCUUGUAUGACAAUGAGCUCCAUCACCUCUCCGACCAGCUGGGGCGGCAGAAUGUGAUAGUUGUAAUCGAUGACCUAAAAAAGAGCGACGAUGAAGAGAAAGAGCGUAUUUUGCACUCUCAACCGAGUAUCUCAAGGUUGGCCAGAGAACUUCUUCUAUUCAGCGACAAGGAGAAAGACCCAAUGCCAGUGGCCAAGCAGCAAGUCCUACUGGGCGCAUUCAGAUCUGCUUAUGGAGACAGACAAACAUCACAAACAUCACAAUCAUCUAAAUUCCAGUGGAAACAUAAACUUCUGGUGGCUUUUGUCGUUGUGGCAACAGCGAUCCUUGGGAGAAAGAUUUACCAAAAAAGGCAUUAAAUGACGAGUAACGACUCUACAAUUCCAUUGGUCAUUAGAUCAACAAGUCAAAGUGUCCAAGAACCUACAAGACUGAGCCACUGGAACCCCAUCCGACCAAUCAGCAGAUACUUCCUUCAGUUUCUAUCCCUCCAUAGAGCACCAGCAGUAACCACGGAAGCCCACAGAAGACAUGGACGGAGAUGAACCAAUUUAUAUUGUUUAACAAAAAAAUGUAAAAAUACUCAGGGAGCUCAUCUAAGCACUUUUGCAAUUUAAAUUCAUUAUAAUUUUUUUUACAUUUCAAAA